AUGAAACUUAGGAAACUGCUUUCUCUCGAAUAUGUAAGGAACAAAGAUAGAAUGGCGGUUGAGCCCAUUGUUCGAAUUACACGACCAGAUGUCCUUCAUGUGCUGGAGGAAGUAAAGCUUGUGGUCCACAAAAUCGUCCCAGAAAAGUAUAGGUUCUGGAAAAGCAACUUAGCGGGUGUAUGUCCACGGCCAAUUGCAGUUUGUCCAGGUCCACAAGGCUCAUUGAUGAUACUUGACUAUGACUUUGAUUCUUGCAUUUCCAAACUCCUUACUGUUCGACUCCACCAACCAGCUGAUGUAUCUAUUACUAAGGAUAAUUUAAAGGAUGCAAGGGAUCUGUGCUAUGUCAAUGGAGUUGUUUUUAUUGCAGAAAGAGGAGCUCCGGCUAUCUCAUUUGUCGACCUUACAGGAAAGGUGAAAAUAAAGGCGGACGCACUAAAACGAUGUGCUGACCUAGUAAAUCUUCUGGAACGGUUUAAUCUAAACCCCGAUGGAACAAUUCCUGUGCUACGUAAAAGAGAUUACGAGAGUACUUAGAUGUAAUAUCUAACAACAUAGAAGAUGCGGAGAAUGUACAAGUCCAUCCAUCUUUAGCAAAGCCAUGUGCAUUAUGUGUUGUCAGCGAAGACCUUCUUUUGUGUACUGACGACGCACAAAGUGUUAUGCAUCAAUUAUCAUUGGAAUUUGAUGGAGUGACGAUUCGUGGCAAUUCUGUCAGCGUCAUUUCUUUUCCUGAUGGCAUACCUAACAUCGAAUCGAUUUAUUUCUUGGAUAAGUAUGCAUACAUCGCGGCAUCUUCUUGUCAUGGAGGCCUUUAUAUAUGCCAGCUUAGCACAAAUGUAGUGGAGAAGGUUCAUAGCAACUCUGCCGAAGGUGCUCGUUCGGCUACUGAAGUAAAUAGGAUAUGUUCCUUCAAAGGUAAAAUUGUAAUUAUAUUGCUUGUGAUGUUACUCCACAUAUAUCCACACCGGGCAGGCCGGCUGAAAAAUAUGCCUGGCCACGCUGUGAAUCGAACCUAUGACCUUUGGAAUACUAGCCCAAUCAAAGAGUAACAUCACAAGUAUCUUGCACCUGAGUACACUACACCAACACAGUAUAUGUAAUUAUAUUGUUUCAAUUAUUUCACGAUAAUGAUUUCUACUUAUUUUAUAAUAAUAAAACAGAAAUUCUGUAUUAUCCAAUGACUUGAUAUAGCUCGAGUUCGGAAUUUAUUAGAGAAAUUUACGUUUUCUUUUAGGUAAUGUUGUGUUUACCGAUUCUAAAGCUGGAAGAGUGAAGCAAUACAACCCUGUUGAUGGCUCAGUUAGUAUUUUGCUAGGAAGCGGAUUGGACAGAUCCCAGGAUGGCACGGACAAAACAUGUUCCUUUGCGCAAGUGAAGGGAAUAUGUACCUUGGAGAACACAUUGUUUGUGACAGAUGUUUCCGCUGGCGCAAUAAAGCUAGUAACGGGCCUUGCUGGUACAAUAACAUUCCUUAAAAUGCUUGGGUGCCUUUAUGAAAGUUUUGGAAUUCACUCAAAAGUCUCAAAGGGCAUGUCAGUGGGAACGCAAGUUCGCUUGAGAAUGCGAAAGAGAAUGUAG